AUGAGCGAUCCCGGCUCUACCACCCCGCCAGCAGACGCGACGAAGCUGUCGAGCCCGCCCUCAGGCAGCCUCGCAUUCCUCGUGCACUCCCCCGAUACCGUCAGAAGCAACCUCCCACCCGAUGUCGACAAUAAACCUCUUGCACGCCAGAAACGGAGACGAACAAGCCCCGAGGACCAGAAGAUACUGGAGGCGGAAUAUCAGAAGGACAGCAAACCGGACAAGGCUGCGCGUCUCGAGAUCGUGAAGCGCGUCGCUCUUGGCGAGAAGGAGGUGCAGAUCUGGUUCCAGAACCGCCGCCAAAACACGCGUCGCAAAUCGAAGCCACUCGAACCGCACGAAAUACAAUCGCACUUGUCCAGUUCCCAAGGAACCAUCACAGAGCCAUCCUCGUCCGCUCCGAAUUCAGACGAUGCCGAAACAGGGGAGCACGAAGAACACACAGCAGAUGCCACAGCGGCGUCGCUGAACAACUCAAACAGGCCUCAAGAGACCCCAGCCAAGUCUCCAGCUCUUGAAACUGUGCACUUACCAGAGAAGAUCCCCUCCCCGUCUGCCGCAGACUUGACGAACGUCGAAUCCCAAACGACAAAUGUGGCAACUGAACUGCGAGAGACCCCAGUCCCAUCCGGUGACGCUGGACCCGCAGAGUUUGGUGGCUCACAGCCGCCUCCAUCAUCGCAAGAAAGCCAGCGCCAGGGCAUCGGCUACCUCGCGAACCGCCGUAGCCAGUCUUUCAUCCGCACUCAUGAGGAAGCAACCACGGAGAAGCCAGGCUCGGUGCCGUCGUCCCAGGAGCAGGCGUCUUCUCGGACUCUGAAAAAGUCCAGUUCAUUUGUGCGACUAUCGAUGUCUGAAGAUGGAAUGGCUAGAGUCAUCACUGGCGAGGACUCUCCAUCCCCGCCUCGGUCUCAGCCGGAUCCAGCGCCGGUGUGCGAGAGAACGGAGGGCCUUCGUCGCAGUUACAGUGCUGCCGCGUUGAACGACCAUAAGCAAGCUCAAUCGCCCCAAGGUAUCCAACGCUCUUUCUCAGGACGGUCUCGGGACUCUAGAGCCUGGGAAUUCUGGUGCGAUAGCGACGCAAGAAAUUCCCUGACUGAAAAGGCCAACCAGGAAGGAAGUGGCUCCGCAGCGGAUGCCAUUGGUCUUAUACGCUCUGCUAGCAGAGAAGCAUUGAAGCUAAACCCUAACAAGCGUAAUGCUCAGCUUCUCCCCCAAAGCUCGGCAAAGCGUGUCAAGCUUGAUGGAAAGAGCACUCACCGACCGCCUUUGUCUCGCUCUUCAUCGUCUCAAGGACGCCUUCAAGGCAAGGCGGCACCUGUGAGCAAGACACCAUUGAAGAAGAGUCAAUCUGCCAUCACAAGGAAGGUCGAUGACGAUGGCUUCGAGAUACCACAGACAGAGUCUGACAAGGAGAAUUGGGAACCAGGGGUUCCUGGUGCUAGCCUACGUCGCAUCAAACACCCCACCGCCGGUCAACAGUCCGGUCAGCCACGACGCAGGGUCUUGGGCGAGAACACAAAUAUCAUGAGUACAGGUGCUAGCCUCGGCGUUAUGAUGGACCGCGAGAAAGGGCUAAAGGCCACGCCGCACAGGAGGCUACAGACCACUCGCACUAGUAACAUAGAAGACGAUGACGAAAUUCGCGCGUUCAUGGGCGGUGCGGGCGCCCACAGCCAGAGAACAAGUGUCUCAAGCGGCGAAGAGCUAGGCUGUGUGGAAGGACUUCUCAAACUUAGUCAAGGCAACUGGCGGUGA